AUGGAGUGGGCCGCCGCGAAGGACGCCCUGAUCGCGGGUUUUAACACCCCGGCUGACCACCAGCGGACGUUGCGGAGCUUCAGGACGGAGCAGCUCGGAACCGGCCUGGACCCCUUGUCGCAUGCUGUGGACCUGCGCGGCCUGUUGGAUGAUGCUGUGCGUUCGGAAUUACUGCUCCAUCGUUUUCUGGAGAGCCUGCCGAAAGAUUUGCGCGAGAUAGCAUGGAUAAUUAAUGCCGAGAAGACCAUGGAUGUAUUCAAACUGGUGGAUGUCCUGAGGGAGUUCAGUUGA